AUGUCUGGCACGACCCUGGAAAAUGGCCCACCAAGUUCUUCAACCAGCUCUUUCUCGACGUUGAAGCAAGAAGAGGUUUCGUCGAACCUCGUGUCCUCGUCGCCAAAUCUUGUUGAGAUGACGGCUCCGACGGAAUCCUCUGACGCUUCCAGACAUGAGGCAGUUACGAAUAAACGAGCUUCUCUGAAUAGGUCAAACACUUUACCAAAGGAUAUGUCCAAAGCUGAGUCGGUGGUCGUGUUGAACCGGGACAAGUUGCAGCAAUUCCGUCAAUGGAUGCUCUGCAUUGUCGUUGCCUAUUUUGACGUUGACUACGGCCCCAAAGUCGAAUCCAUCCAUCCGGCGGUUGAACUAAACCCGCAAGAAUGCGAGAACAUCGCAUUUUCCGCCUUCCCUGAUACGUCCCACGGAGCAACAAGCAUUCAUAUCCACUCUUUCCGCAUACGUUCGGACUAUGCCAGGCGCCUAUCAAUUCCGGAUGAUGUCGAAGAGACAUUGAAGUACAAGCAAGACGACGGGUUCUUGUAUGGAUACAGCGCUUUUCUACAACAAAAGGACAAGACGUCGAAGCGCGGCUACUCUCAGCGAUCCAUCAUAUUUCUCACUCGGCACCAAUUCCCAGCACUUUUCUCUGCGGCAAUCGCCACUGCAAUUCCCAUGUUCCAGAAACAUGGAAACGAGAUGCUGGAGACGGCCAUUCAUGGAAUCUCAUCUUGGCCUGCACUGCAAGCCGGCGCUACGCUUGAACUAGGAUUCCUUGGCUCCAUCCUACACGUGGAGAUACCCAAAAGCAUUGAUCAGCAACAACUGACCGAGACGGCUUCAUUUGGAGAGGCCUUUGACCCACACCUGCAUAUACUCGCUUCGCAUCCACCACUUGAAUAUGCUGCGGUGGAAAUCUUCCAAGCCAUCCUCCCAUCCCUUUGGUCCCUAUGGGAGUGCAUCGUGCUUGCCGAACCUAUCUUCCUGUACGCACCAUCACCAGCCAUUGCAAGCGCGGCUAUCUGGUGGCUCAGGGACUGGGUCAGACCGUUGCCAAUGGCAGGCGAUUUUCGACCCUACUUUACGAUUCACGAUCCUGACCACAAACGGUUCAUGAACAAGAAUGCACCUGUGGCUGGAAUCAUGAUUGGAACCACGAACCCGUUUCUAUACGAAGAGUGCAAGCACUGGCCACACAUUGUCAGCCUGACUCCAUCGAAAACGACGCCAUCACCUGGUCCAACACCAGGAUUCAAGACGACCCAUCGACGGUACAUCUCAAAGGACCGCGUCUUGCUCAAGCAACUCGAAACCGCAAUGCACAAGGCAGCUACCAAUAGUACCAGCAGGACAGGCAGUUCGAGUUCGCAUGAACGUCUGAGCGUGUCGAAUCUACUUCGACAACAUUUUGCAGCGCGCGCGAGGGCGCUCUUGGUCCCACUGAACCGAUACCUAACAACACUCAUGCCGAUUCAGCCUUCGGCAUCCACUCUCUCCAUUACCGGCAAUUCCAGCCCCGCGUCUACAUUCCAAGCCAACGCUCAACGCCAAAGAGCGAGGGCGGAGAGCACGGAGAGACUAGCACCGUUUAGUACGGUGGACAUGAUGGCUUCGCUCGAAAAGAACGGCUCUCCGCUCCCAUUCAAGUCUUCGAGCAGACGUCGCGAGUUUUACCAGCGCUGGUUGCGCACACCCGCGUUUGGAGCGUGGUUGGUCCGCGAGGAAGAAGUGGUAAAUCGAGUUCUUGCAGAGCGCAGGGAGCCUGCAUCUUCUGCGAAUGCCACGUCGAGUUUGACGAAUUGA